AAGGUGGCAGCCUUUGAACUUUCUUCCCCGUAAGAACGCGAAAGGGGGGCAGAGAGGAAGGAGAGAAGGCAAAGCACUCCCCCCACCAAGAACAAUUUGAAAACCCACCCCAUCAUAUUUAAAAUCUGGGACAAAGAACCGUCGGGACGGAACUCCUUCCAUUGCAAAAGCUCGGCGCGGCCUCGGGAGCUGCCCGGCGGCCCCGGACCGAGGCAGCCCUCCCCUUUAAAAGAAGCGGAGGACAGGAUUGGGAUCCUUGAAACCCGAAACCCAGAAACAGCAUCGGAGCGGAAACCAGAGGGAAAACCUUGAACUCCUCCAGACAAUUGCUUCCGGGGAGUUGCGAGGGAGCGAGGGGGAAUAAAGGACCCGCGAGGAGGGGCCCGCGGAUGGCGCGUCCCUGAGGGUCGUGGCGAGUUCGCGGAGCGUGGGAAGGAGCGGACCCUGCUCUCCCCGGGCUGCGGGCCAUGGCCACGGCGGAGCGGAGAGCCCUCGGCAUCGGCUUCCAGUGGCUCUCUUUGGCCACUCUGGUGCUCAUCUGCGCCGGGCAAGGGGGACGCAGGGAAGAUGGGGGUCCAGCCUGCUACGGCGGAUUUGACCUGUACUUCAUUUUGGACAAAUCAGGAAGUGUGCUGCACCACUGGAAUGAAAUCUAUUACUUUGUGGAACAGUUGGCUCAUAAAUUCAUCAGCCCACAGUUGAGAAUGUCCUUUAUUGUCUUCUCCACCCGAGGAACAACCUUAAUGAAACUGACAGAAGACAGAGAGCAAAUCCGUCAAGGCCUAGAAGAACUCCAGAAAGUUCUGCCAGGAGGAGACACUUACAUGCAUGAAGGAUUUGAAAGGGCCAGUGAGCAGAUUUAUUAUGAAAACAGACAAGGGUACAGGACAGCCAGCGUCAUCAUUGCUUUGACUGAUGGAGAACUCCAUGAAGAUCUCUUUUUCUAUUCAGAGAGGGAGGCUAAUAGGUCUCGAGAUCUUGGUGCAAUUGUUUACUGUGUUGGUGUGAAAGAUUUCAAUGAGACACAGCUGGCCCGGAUUGCGGACAGUAAGGAUCAUGUAUUUCCUGUGAAUGACGGCUUUCAGGCUCUGCAAGGCAUCAUCCACUCAAUUUUGAAGAAGUCCUGCAUCGAAAUUCUAGCAGCUGAACCAUCCACCAUAUGUGCAGGAGAGUCAUUUCAAGUUGUCGUGAGAGGAAACGGCUUCCGACACGCCCGCAACGUGGACAGGGUCCUCUGCAGCUUCAAGAUCAAUGACUCGGUCACACUCAAUGAGAAGCCCUUUUCUGUGGAAGAUACUUAUUUACUGUGUCCAGCACCUAUCUUAAAAGAAGUUGGCAUGAAAGCUGCACUCCAGGUCAGCAUGAACGAUGGCCUCUCUUUUAUCUCCAGUUCUGUCAUCAUCACCACCACACACUGUUUUGGAGACAUUUCUCAAGUUGGCAACUAUCCUUGUAGGAUGUACGCUCCACACCCUUGAUCUUGAACACCCAAGAUGUGACAGUGCGGCCCAGUUGAUGCUCAUCCCUGUUAACCCUGAUCAGGAUUUGCUUUGUACUGGCUGCUGGGUUGGAAAGUCACAAUCUUUGAAGAAAAGAAAAUGACCUGAAGUUAGACAUAAGGUUCCAAAUUCAACAUUAAAUAAAUGAAGAUCCCUGUUUUUUUCUCCUGAUUUAUAUGAAAAACAGCCUGACUGCAAUAGCAACAAGGUUCAAUAACUUUGAGCGGAUCCAUGUCAUAUCACUGUUUAGAGAAAUGCCAUUUGAAUGAAACCUGAAAUUCAACAAACUGAGACCUGAAACAUCAAAGCGAAAACAACUGCUCUAUAAUUGCAGCAUAAUGGAGGAAUUAAGAAUACAGGAUAUUGAGUUGAAAAUCUUAAUUUCACAUCCCAACCCCUUGACUUUCCAGGGUGAUCUUGGACAGGUUUACCUGGGGCCUGUUUCAGAACCUGUCUCUCAUUUUUAUAGUAAAGAUUAAGUAUAUAAGGGGCUUGAGGUACAUAAUAGUCUGUCAAAAAAUGACAGCUGUGUAUUAGGUUAUUGACCUAACUUUCCUUGCCAAGUAAAAGUCUAAUGCCCUGCCCCAUUAGAUUCACUGUACAUGUCCUGUGGCUUAUAAACAGGCUAUCUCCCCCUGAUUAAGAAGCAGGCUCCUUUUGAGUCUCUACGAUAAGCCUGGAUUUUAGGAGCAGGCUGGAAACAAACUUUGAAGAUGUUGCCCACAAGAUAACUAGGAAGAAAAACACCAGUAAAUCAGAUGUGGUGAUAAGUCAAACAAGACUGAAUGGCAGGCUGACUCUUUGCUACUUUUGAAGAGCUUUCCUCAAUAAAUGAAUCAAGUAAAUAGUAACAUAGGGAAAUAUUUAGACAAAUUAAACACAUGAAUUAAAGCAAGUAAAGUUGAUACAUUAUUACCACAUGCAAAAUUUCUGUUGCCACAAAAAAAAAAUCUAUCAUGCAUUCAGAAUCUUGGGAUUCUUAAAUGUUCUUUUGUUCUAUUCUAUAUGUACUAUAUUUGGGGCCCCUUUUUCUGAUAUAAAGAUAGGAAUUUGCCUAAAAAAAUAAUUUUAGCUCAAUAUGACAAGCCUAGGGACCUUCUCACUUAUAUGUUGCCAGACAAAGACUCCAAAAUUUUCUCUCCAAAUUCCUCUUUUCCAUAUUCCAAGUCGUGCCUUCACUUCCUCCUCUCAUGCAAAGGCCUAGAGAGCCACAGACUUGUUCAUUGUUUCAGGAAGAAAGACCCUGUUAACAUCCGGGUUAUUUUCAACACUUCAUGGCUACCUAUGUUUCACAGGAAGGCGGGCCUCUGGCUGCCAUAUAGAGGUAGUUUAUAGCUUUGGAAACAACUGGAGAGUUGUCAUAAAGAAAAUGCAGACAUUGGAAAGAGCGGUUGUCUCUCAGGCAUAGUAUUGCCCCUAUGUUUCUUGAGGCAAAACAGACCAUCUUGUUCACCGUCACAACCCAGCACCUGGCACAAUGUCUGCACAUACUCAUUACUCAGCAAAUAAUGAUGGUUGAGUGAAUAAAUGAAUGAACCCAAUCAAGGGUCAUACUGGUACCAUGAUGGCACCUACUGGCAGGAAAGAAAAGGAGCCAGAAGGAGGUAGAAUCAGAACAGGGGGGCUCUGAGUUGGUUGGGAGGUAGACUUCAGAAAAGGAUGGCCAGCAAUUCAAUCUUCAUAUCCAAGGAGCUUGAGCAUAAUUUAACAGGGGAAAAAAUUCUGCCAGGUGAGAAACUAUAACCAGCGUUCCCAGGAAGGGCAGUAGUCAAAGAUAUCAUCAUAAAAGCACCAGCACCAGUAGGAGCAGACCCCUGCCUGGGGUGCAGACUUGGUGGAAGGGUGUAGAAAUAGCCCACUAACUGGAUCAAGAUUCUGGGCAGGCCUCUAGUCUGUGAGGGUCUGCAGCACAAGGCUGGAAGCCAAGCAGAACCAUAGAGACUGACAGACUCAAGAUCACUCCAGAAAAGCUGUGACCCAGGGAACAUUGGCAUGGCCUGAGCUCACCCUGGAAUACCAGAAACGUAGAUUACAGCAGUUCAGCUAAUCUGGAUGCUGCCAGCUGGGGCUGAGGAUGCACCGUCUGCUUUGGUGAGGACUGGCUUAGAAGGGGAUGUGCUGGAGCCCAGAGGUAGAGGCCACAGUGACUGCAGGUAAAAGACAGCAGAGGAGGGCAGUGACCACCCCCUACACUGUCUUUGGAGGAAAUUUCCAGAGGCCUGUUUUCUAAGUCAGUUCAAUUCCAUUACCAGUUGCUCUAAAGCAACGAGAGAAUACAAAUCCAGCCUGGUUUUGUAGUCAUUAUGACUCUUUAGGUAAACAGACAGCUGGCAUGGCUGCCCUUGCCAAAAUCUCUUGAAUUUCACCAGCCUGGUAGGGAGUGAAUCCAGUAGCCUGUGCUGAGUGGCAAUCUCACCUUCCAACAUAAUAAAAAAUUAUUGCAUACUCUUCAGAGAAAGUAGAAAUCAGAGACAUUUUUGUCUUCUAUUUCUUUUCCAAGGUCAGCAAACAGUCCAUCAAUCAAGUAGGUAGCUGUCUUUGGGAUAGACAGUUCAUUCCAGUGCUUUAUGCAUGUGGGCCUCUUUACUAAGGAAAGAAGGAUGGGGAGGAGGUUGCUGGUGGCAAAUGGAGCCAAUGAUAUCAUAACAAUCAGGACCAACGUGUUUUAAAUCUAUACUCUGGGCAAAGUGUUAGGGACUCGAAGAAUAGCCAGUCCUUGCCCUCCAGAGGCUUACAAUACAGUUGCCAAGGCAGGAUAUAUUACUUAAAGAGGUAAAUAUUAUACAAUUUGGGGUAUAAAAGCAAAUAUCACACAGGUACCCUGAAAUUCCCCACCUGUUCCAAAGACUCCUGAGGCUUUAGAUAAGUCAAUGGACACAAACAUGGCAUGCUCUGAGGAGUGUCCACUUCAUGGGCCUGGUGAGUUACUUCCCAGUUACCUAAGAAGGAUUUUCACCCCUUCUGCAAAGUGAAGCUGGACAGAUUAUUCCAGAAAUCCAGGUAUAACAAGUAGGCAGCUCAUGAUUAGCUCAGUCCCAAAACUCAGGAAACAACCUCUGAAGAAAAGAAGACCCUUCCAAACAACCAAUUGCAGAGAACAGAAUCAGGACUCACUAACUGACUUUCCCCUGUAGGUUCCUUCGCCCCAACAAUAUUAUUCCACUUCCUGUCCAACUUUCCCACACCCACUGCUUCUUACUCAUUCAGUGUCACGUAACCUGGAAGAAUGAGGCAAAACUGAACUGGAAGGGAGAUAGAAGACUCACCUUGAAGAGGGUUUGAAUGACAGAAUAUGGAGUUUGGGCAAUGGGAAGCCAUUUGAGGGAGGCACAAUGCAUUAUUUUAGGGGGAUUAAUUUAGCAUGUGUAUGCUUUAAAUAUAUUAAUAACAAAAUGGCAUUAAUUUGGAUGCCACUGAUUUGUGAAUUUGGUCAUCUGGAAAAGGAGUAGGCUCUAAGUUUACUUUUCCGUUAUUUGGGCUAAAGGAACUUAGUACCAAGAGUGACCAAUCCACAGCAUUGGGCUACAAGUGAAUCAUUAGAGCCUCAUACUCAGCCCUUGAAAAAGGACAGCCACUGAUGCACUUUGUUAUUGCUGUAAUUAUAGGUGAUAGGUCCUUUGAAAUAUGUGGCUUAGCAAAAACACAGAGGAAAGACUUGAGAGGAAAAGUGGGCUUUGGGAUCAGAUCAAUGUGGCUAAAAUCAUGGUUCUGCCACUUACAGGGUAUAUGACUUUAGACAAAUAAUGUACUUAGAAGAGCUGGCACGGGGCCUGGUACACAGUAGAUGCCCAGUCUUAGUUUUCUUGUACUGAUGUUGUGGUCUCUAUAUGAAUUUGUACAGUGAAAUGGUUUCCAAAGACUCUGAGUUCUGGUUGAAUUAGCAGAAGUAUAGUAUCUGAAACUAAGGAGGUGAUGGGACCUCUCAACUUGGUGAAGUUAGAAUCUCCAUUCGAAUAUUGUGUUCAGUACCAAGGACACUCCAAGGGAGAACAUAGAGAAACUGAGUGUAUGAGCAAUACUACCAAAUACGGUAUGUUAUGUAGAAUAUAGAAUUGGGGCUCUUUAGCCUGGGGCAUACUUAGCAUAGAGACAAUAUUCAAAGGGCUGUUCUGAAACACAUGCAGCUAUACCUGUAGAGCCCUAAUUCUACAGAUUAUUUGUUGUAUAGAUCCAAGGGGUAGAAUAGGCUCAAAGGAACAGUUUCUGGCUUCGUUUUUAAAAAGGCCUUUUUAAUCAGCAGCAUUGGGUGGGAAUGAGCUCCCUAUUAUAGUUGCAGUCAAGCACAGGCAGCAGGACAACUUGGCAGAAUUAUGUAAUCACCAUUCAUGCCUCAGAGUGGGGAUUGGAAUAGAAAAGCUUUCAGACUCCUUAUGCUGCUGAGAGGCUGUGACUGUAGACCUAAAAGUAUGUUAGGAAAGGAGUAAACUAAAUGCUAUCAGUCCUAUACAGUAUCACAAAUAAGUUUGGUUCUCACAUUUUGAAAAUGAAUCUAAGAGAGCUCUGUUGGUGAUACUGCAGACAACUUCUCUUAGUGCAGUUCAGAUUGGCCAACCUCCACCUAAUACAAGUGGGAUCAUAUUUCAGACUAGAGUACUUCAAACUCCUGAGAAUAAUCUGUUUUCAAGUAAUCUCAAAACGCACCCUGUAAUUCACAAACAACACAUUAGUCACAAAUCAGUCUCCUCUAUUUAUUAGCCAGUCUCCAUAGAGCCAUACAUAAUUCAAGGUAUUUUUUUUACAAUGUCCCAGUAUUUUUAUUAUUAUGAUUACUAUUAUUAUUAUUUUAACAAGAUGGCUUGUGGUUUUACAUACAAUCAUUAGAGAUGGUAAAAGACCACAGGAAUAUCAGAGUGCAGAACUCAGAUCUCAAAUAUUGUUUAUGAACUGAAAUAAAAGUAGUUUGCCAACAUCUCUAUUUUGACAACCCUUGUAACCUUUGUUUGUAUAAAAAUAUCUUUUAAAAGAUCUUUUGGAUGAUUCGUGCUGAUUUGUUUUUUUUGGAUGUUUGAGCAAUUGACUUUCAAUAUUUUUAUAUCUAAGUAUUUUAAAGAAUGUUUUCCCUAAGUUUGAAAUUUCCUUGUUUUGAGAGUAAAUUGAGAAAAAAAUAUUUUUCUGAAUCUACACUUCAGAAAACACUGAGAUAAGCAAAUAGUAAGAUGGUAGAACUAGAAGUUAAAUCAAAAUAAUCCAUAAGCAAAAUAAAUAUAAUGGACCAAACUCGGCAGUUUAAAAACACAGAUUGACAGAUUGUGUUUUUAAAAUAUCCAGCUAUGUAUGAUUUACAAUAAAACAUAUAUUCAAUAAAACAUAAGGACACAGAAAGAUUGAAAAUAAAAGCAUGUGAAAAGUUUUAUCAGGCAAAUACCAAAAGAAAGUUAGUAUAGCUAUAUUAAUAUUUGAUAACAAACUUAUUGGCACAAAAUUAUUGGUAUAAAGAGGACCAUUACAUAAUGUUAAAAGGAACAGUUAACCUGGAAGUUAUAAUAAUUCUGAUCUGCACUUAAUGACAUAUCCUCAGCAUAUAUAAAGCAAAAAUUGAUAGAACUGCAAAGAGAAAUUGAUAAAUCCACCAUCAUAGGAGGAGGUUUCUAUACAAUUAUCUCAGUAAUUAAUAGAUCAAGCAGCCAAAAGAAUUAAUAAAAUAUAAAUGAUUUGAAGAAUUUAAUUAAAUAUAAUCUAGUGGACACAUGAUAAAGCCCCAGCAUAACAUUCAAAAUAGGGUCCAAAGUUUUUUGGUUGCAUAAAAUGAAGACUUAUGCAACUAUAAGACUAAUGACAAAAAUAUCGUACUUCAUCAAAUCUAAGACACACUUUUCUUUCCACAUUUUAACAUCCCUAAAAUUGAUAUGUUUCAGAUCAUAAUAAUAUAUCAUGAUAUAAUGGGCAGUGUUUUCCCUAAUAGCUCAUAAAAUAAUGAGACAUCCUACCACAGAUACAUCUGAAAUGCAAUGAAAUAUUUUCUAUCAGUCUGUACUGUACCAAAAGUAAAGAUAAUGAAAUAUAUCCUGAAUGAAACUGAUCAGCCACUUAUUUUCUACUGCCCACUCCCAUUCACAGUGGAAAAUAAGAACUCUAGCCUUUCCCCUUUGGGGAAUGGCUUACUGUGUAUAGGAAAUAUGCAUCCAACAGAGAAUAUCUAUUCUUUUUUAAGUACACUUUUACACUUUAAAAAAAGCAGUCAUGUACCAUAAGCCAAGUCUCAACAAAUUUAUAAAAAUGACAUAUAGAUCAUAUUCUGGUACCAAAUAAAAAACAAUUGAAAUCAAUAGCCAAUCAAGUUACCAAUCAAUUUUGAAAAUCUCAUAUGUUUUGAAAUUUCAAACACACACCCAAAGCAUUUAUGAGUCAAAGUAAUAUCAUAAUGUAAGUUAGAAAAUACUUAGAACUGACCAAUUAUGAAGAUGCCAAAACCAAACUUGGAAUGCAGCUAAGUGGUCCUUACAGGGAAACUUGUCAUCUUGAGAGUUUAUGUUAGAAAAGAAUAAAAGUUUAAGACAAUUAGCCAAGCAUAGGACGCAGGGGAUUAGAGAAGAAUGACAGAGUAAACCCUUUCAAAAAAGAGAAGGCCAAGACCAAGAAAGAACAGAAUAGAAAACAAGAUAAAUAGAGAGGUAACAAAGAAAACUAUUAGUUGGGCAUAGAAGAGGUGAAAAGAGAAAUAGACGUGUAUAGAAAGAACUGUGUACUUGUGCUUGUCAAUCUGGAUGGGAAGAUAAGCUGAAGUCAGUGCUGUCAUGGGUUCUGGGCAGUACUGGAGAGAAAUCAUUAAUCAAGAGAACCAAGAAAGCAUGUGCAAAUUGAGUUCAUCCCUCACCUACCCCAAGUCUCCUUCCUAGAAAGCCUUCGUACACAAAAUGGUUGCUAUAAAAUAUUGUAAAAUGUGUACAUUUUAUUCUCCCCCAUUUUUAUCACCAACUAAAAUUUGCCGGUUUACUAUGAAACUCUCAAUUUGCAAAGCUGUUUGUCCCUACAGCAGUCUCUGAUCACUAUGUUGUGUUUUUUUUUUAAGUUUAUGGUUCUACUUUUUCUGGUCUCUCGCUUCUCGAUAUCAUACCUGUGUUUUCUAAUCUAGAUACUUUACUCUGCACUUCUAAUUUGACAGUUUAAGCUUCUGGGUGCCUGAAUAUCAGAAAACCAAGCUUACAUAAAUUGCAUAUGAAAUAAGGAUUCCUAGUCUCUAAGAACUUGAGAGAACGUAUAUGGCGUAAGAACCCAAGCUUUAGUGAAUGACCAAUGUGUCCAUUUAUGCCACCUCCUGGGUUAUUGAGGCUAUUCCAGAUAGUCUUUUGGGUUGAGCAACCUGGUUCAGUGAAUCCAUUUGAGAGAAGCACAAUUAUAGGAAGAAGUGCAAAAUUGAAAAAGGAUCCGCAAAGUUAUUGGGAGCCUGGGCAACACAGUGAGACCCUAUCUCUACAAAAAAUAGAAAAAUUAGCCAGGCAUGGUGGCGUGUGUGCAUGUAGUCUCAGCUACUCAGGAGGCUGAGGUGAGAGGAUCACUUGAAUCCAGGAAUUCAAGUCUGCAGUGGGUCAUGAUUGCGCCACCCUGUGCUGUGCAAGAGAGCAAGACCCUGUCUCAAAAAAAAAAAAAAAAAAAAAAAGCGGGCGCGAUGGCUCCCGCCUAUAAUCCCAGUACUUUGGGAGGCCAAGGCGGGUGGAUCACCUUAGGUCAGGAGUUCGAGAUCAGCCUCUCAAACAUGGUGAAACCCCGAAUCUACUAAAAAUACAAAAA